ACGCCGAUUACGUAGAGAAGAAAGAAAGAUACAAUACAGUCUCACCUAAAACCGUGAACGACGAAAAAUCCCAAUCGAAAUCAUCGUCUUUGCAUCAAUGGAUCCAUACAGGGUUCGUCCUUCAAGUGCUCAUGAUUCACCCUUCUUCACUACAAACUCUGGUGCUCCUGUCUGGAACAACAACUCCUCUUUGACUGCUGGAACCAGAGGUCCGAUUCUUCUGGAAGACUACCAUCUCCUGGAGAAACUCGCAAACUUUGACAGGGAGCGGAUUCCUGAGAGGGUUGUUCAUGCUAGAGGUGCCAGUGCCAAAGGUUUCUUCGAAGUCACUCAUGACAUUACACACCUUACUUGUGCUGACUUUCUCCGCGGACCUGGUGUCCAGACUCCUGUCAUUGUUCGUUUCUCAACUGUGAUCCAUGAGCGUGGCAGCCCCGAGACUCUCAGAGAUCCUCGUGGUUUUGCUGUCAAGUUUUACACCAGAGAGGGCAACUUUGAUCUUGUUGGCAACAACUUCCCUGUCUUCUUCGUCCGUGAUGGGAUGAAGUUCCCUGACAUGGUCCACGCCCUGAAACCGAAUCCCAAAUCCCACAUUCAAGAGAACUGGAGGAUACUGGACUUCUUCUCACACCACCCUGAGAGUCUUCACAUGUUUUCAUUCCUCUUUGAUGAUCUCGGUAUCCCACAGGACUACAGGCACAUGGAUGGCUUUGGUGUCAACACUUACAUGCUAAUCAACAAAGCCGGAAAAGCUCACUAUGUGAAAUUCCACUGGAAACCAACUUGUGGGGUUAAAUGCCUCCUUGAUGAGGAAGCUAUCAAAGUCGGAGGAUCCAAUCACAGCCAUGCUACUAAGGAUCUCUAUGACUCCAUCGCUGCCGGGAACUACCCAGAGUGGAAUCUCUUCGUUCAAGUGAUUGAUCCUGCUCAUGAAGACAAAUUUGACUUUGAUCCACUUGAUGUCACGAAGGUCUGGCCUGAAGAUAUCUUGCCUCUGCAACCUGUUGGCCGCUUGGUCUUGAACAAAAACAUCGACAACUUCUUUAACGAGAAUGAGCAGAUUGCUUUCUGCCCUGCUAUAGUGGUUCCUGGCGUCCAUUAUUCAGAUGAUAAGCUACUCCAGACCAGGAUCUUCUCCUACGCUGAUAGUCAGAGACACCGUCUUGGACCAAACUAUCUGCAGCUACCUGUCAAUGCCCCCAAAUGUGCUCACCACAACAAUCACCAUGAAGGUUUCAUGAACUUCAUGCACAGAGACGAGGAGGUGAACUACUUCCCUUCAAGGUUGAAUCCGGUUCGCCAUGCUGAAAAACACCCUACAACUCCUGUGUUCUGCUCUGGAAAUCGUGAGAAGUGCAUGAUUGAGAAGGAGAACAACUUUCAGCAGCCAGGGGAAAGAUACCGGUCCUGGGACGCAGACAGGCAAGAGCGUUUUGUGAAGCGUUUCGUUGAAGCACUUGCCGAGCCUCGUGUAACCCACGAGAUCCGCAGCAUUUGGAUAUCGUACUGGACUCAGGCAGACAAAUCUUUGGGACAGAAACUAGCUUCUCGUCUUAACGUGAGGCCAAAGUACUGAAUGGUAUCAUCUCGAAAGACCAAGUAAACCCAAUAUGUGCUCUUUGGUAAUAGAUCAUUAAAAUAAACCGUGACAAUGAAAUGUUUAAAGAAGGGUACUUCUAGUUCAUGUUGUAAUCUUCUAUUGACAAUGUUAACGAAUAUUAUCUAAGGCAAAUAAUAGAAAGCUAUGCGUUAUGUAGCUUAUAACAUUCGAGAG